UUUUUUUCUUGUUCUUCAUUGCUGCUUCCAAUCUCUUCUUCAAGCAUUAGAAAUGAGAUUGGUUCUUUGUUUAGUCACACUUGUUUCAACUAUUUCUGCCAAUUCUGAAGGGGACAUACUUUAUGGUUUUAGAACAAGACUAUCUGAUCCUAACAAUGUUCUUCAAAGUUGGGACCCAACUCUUGUGAAUCCGUGCACUUGGUUUCAUGUUACUUGUGAUUCUGACAAUCUUGUUAUCAGACUAGAUUUGGGUAAUGCAAGUCUUUCUGGUAGUUUGAGUCCCCAGCUUGGUCAACUUCAACAUCUUCAAUACUUGGAGCUUUAUAGUAAUAAAAUCUAUGGGAAAAUCCCAAAGGAAUUGGGCAAUUUGAAAAGUCUUGUUAGCAUGGAUUUAUAUGAUAACAAACUACAAGGAAAAAUCCCAAAAUCUCUUGCUAAAUUGAAGUCUCUUAAGUUUCUGCGUUUGAACAAAAACAAGUUGACUGGAUAUAUCCCAAGGGAGCUUACUAAACUAUCAAAACUCCAAGUGUUUGAUGUUUCACAUAAUGAUCUCUGUGGAACAAUUCCAAUUGGUGGCCCAUUCGGAGAUUUCCUCAUUAAAAGCUUUAUAAACAACAGUAAACUCGGUGGACUCGAGCUUCCAGGACGAGCAACUUAUGAUUUUGGAUGCUAAUGAGAACUGAUUCCAGCGAAGAACACCCACUGCAAGAAACUAGCCCGGUGAAAAACCUGUCGACUACUGUAACAAAUAAAAACAAGCUAUGUGAAUUACGAGACUAGCAUGUAAUGCAUUAUUAGAUCUUACGGAAUAAUGGUUGUAUCUGUAACAAAAACGUUAUAUAUGUAUAUAUAUAUAUUUUUG